AUGCCAACAAAAACAACCAAAAUCAACGACGAGGAACUUAAGAAUUGGCGUAUCAAAAGACAUCGUACAUUUAUUGCAUUUACUCUCCAAAAUGCAUGCGCCGGAAUGGAAUAUUCUUUGACAUUUAUGACUUUAUGGUUGUACCUUGAAGAAACGCUAAAAGCUUCUCAUCUGAAACUAUUCUAUGGUCUAGUUUCAGCAGCUUAUUCAGCGGCCCAAAUCUCAUCUUCAAUUAUAGUUGGACACAUUUUUGAUAAGUACAGAAAUGUAUCCAUGGUGUUUCUGAUUGGAAAUUCUUUGAUUGUGACUGGAAAUAUAAUUUAUGCUAUACCAUACUCCCCCUGGAAUCUACUUGUAGGUAGGCUAAUUUCAGGGGUAGGAGGCUGUCAUCGACCUAUUAUGACGAGUGAAUUGACCAGAUCAUACCCACCCGACGAGCUAUCAUCAAAGUUUUCUACAAUGGGAAUGGCAUUUGCGCUUGGAUUUAUUCUAGGUCCAGGAAUAAAUUUUGUGUUUUUAAAAGCAGAUUUUUUCAUUGGGCCGUUACACGUCACCUAUACAAAUGCUCCUGCUUGCAGCUUGGCAAUCAUCUUCCUAUUAAGCCAAAUGUUAGCGAUAUAUUUAGUAAGUGACUUGUCGAAAGAGUUUGAUUUGAAGGAGCACGAAACAGAGAUUGCACAAUGCGCAGCUGGAACUGUGGCAGAUGAAGAAAACGAGCGCCUGCUUUCAAAGGAUCAUAUGGUGAAAGACAUAAAUUCCCUUCGUGUACUUGUUCAACUCUUAAAGCAAACAGACACAUUAAUCAUUCUGCUAUUCUCAUUUCUUAUCAUGUACUGCAUGAUUUCAUUUGAUCUAUGGCAACCGCUAGCAAUAGUAAAACUGAUGCGUUGGGGUAUGUUUGAACUCAACUCUAUUUUAUUUGGGCAUGGUAUAGCUGCAGUGGCUGUUCUACUACUGAUAACAUAUCGACCGUUUAGUGAUCGUUCAAUUGUCUACGUGAGUUGGAUUUGUUGUCUAUUCGUGAUGCUGAUUCUGAUUAUGUAUGCUGUGCUAGCAGUAUACAACUUAAACCAAAUCCUAAACAUUGUAUCAUGGACUUUUUAUGCUUUACUCUUUGCGGUUGUUGUUAUUUUUGAUGAGGUAUUUCUAAUUGGUGCUAUGGCAAGAAUGACUAGUUCACGUGCGCAAGCGUUUACAGAGAGUAUACGAUUAGCAUUUUCGCGUUCAGGAGCAAUAAUAGCGUUAUUGACAGCUGCCAUGUCCUUUACACAACUGGAGUACGUGUGCGUCUGUCUAGCUAUUUUGACGUAUUUGGGAUUCUUAGUGUUGGUGUGGAGACGAAAGUCGCUGCAAAAUCCUGUUAUUAUAAUUAGUUAG